UCACGAGAACGUCAUUGCUUUAAAACCUCUCCGACGUCGUCAUGGCCGGUACCUAUAAGAAUUAUAUGAAAUUGUUGGAAUCGUGGCCGUUGGACAAAAGCAAAGCUGGCAGAGACUUGGGACAGCACAUUCGUGACCAGCUGAAGAUUGCAUUUGUGAAGGGUGAAGCUACUAGCCAACCGAAUCCGGAACAGUGUCAUCGAUAUUAUUCAAGCUUGAAAAGGCUUUCAUCAAAUCAUUAUGGGCAACUUCAUAAACGCUCCUUGUUAAGCACUGCGAGUGGAUUGACCAAGGAGCAAUGUAAUCUGGCGUUGACUCCAGAAAUGUUAGAGUAUUUGAAGGAAGAGGAUAAGGGAAUAUUUCGCAGAUUUUACGGAACGAUAAAAAAUUUUGUAAGAAAUGAUAAGGAUUAAGUUUGCGUGCUUUGCGUAUAAGUUUGGUAAGAAUAGGUGUUCUAUUGAUAGAACGCGAGCAUUGUUAGCGAAAACUAAUUUCUUGCGCUCAGUUAACGUGAGGCAAUAUAGUUUUGAAUAUGAUGUCUCUGAAAAAGAUCUUCAUGUGCCUGUUAUGGCACAGGAAGUACUGACAUAUAUGGAUCCGUCGCCAGGCAAGAUAUACGUAGACAUGACGUUUGGUGCUGGUGGACAUGCCACCAAAUUGUUAGAACAUUCACCCGGUGUAAAAAUAUUCGUGUUAGAUAGAGAUCCUUUAGCAUACGAAUGCGCAAAAGACUUAUCGCAGAGAUAUCCAGGACAAGUAGUUCCUUUGCUAGGUAAAUUCUCCGAGCUACCGCAGCUACUUAAACAAUACGAUAUUAAAGAGAAUAGUAUAGAUGGCUUUUUGUUUGACUUUGGUUGCUCGUCAAUGCAAUUUGACGUAGCGAAGCGAGGUUUUGCUUUGUCAAAGGAUGGACCGUUAGAUAUGAGAAUGGAUGGAUUUCGGUGUCCGGAACAAAUUACUGCCGCGGAUGUGUUGGAAAGGGCAACGGAGGAGCAAUUGGCUCGUAUCAUAAAAAUUUAUGGGCAAGAGAAGCGUGCUAAGAAAAUUGCACGUGCCAUUAUUGACGUUAGAUACAUGUGUAGAAAAUUAGAGACGACGAAGGAACUGGCUGAGCUAGUCGAGUCCACUUUAGGCGGUGAAAUCAGAAGAGAUAGUCUCGGUAGAUUUUCGCAUAGCGCCACAAAAACAUUUCAAGCACUUAGGAUUUUUGUCAAUAACGAAUUAAAUGAAAUUAAUUACGGUAUACUUCUUGCGCAAGUAUACUUGAAAUUGUCCGGCCGUUUAAUAACGAUCUCCUUUCACUCGCUCGAAGAUACUAUUGUUAAGAGACAUAUUUCUGGAAACAUAACAGAUAAUGUGGCUAAUACCGUCGCGUUAAAAUAUGCGAACCGUGGUAAGGUGUUUGAUAAGGGCGAGGUUGAAAAAUUGACGGAAACACCAUGGAAAAUGAUGCAUAAACAUGUUUUGAUACCUACGGCUGAAGAAAUUCAGGCAAAUCCGAGAUCGCGAUCGGCGAAAUUGCGUGUUAUUACGAAAGUUAAAUAAUUAUGUUUUAUGUACAAAGUAUUAAAGCUUGUAGUUCACAUUUUUUUAUCAAUAUACAAACUUGAGAUGGUAUACUUGGAAUAUGUAUACGAUAUAUUUAUUUUAACAGGAGGUAUUGUCACGCU